AACGCACCGGCCAGUGAAUGACACAGAACACUUUCACUUUUCACAGUCAGCAUUUGCAUUGAGUUACGUUACUACAGCUGUUGCAUGAUUACUUCCAGAGAAACAAUAUAGUUUCAAAAGGCAAACUGAUCAGUAACACAAAAGGGACAACUGGACACGGAGGGAGAGAGCACCUAGUAAGUGAACGUCCAAAAAAAGGAGCAGAAACUCAUUCAAGUCCAGAGGAGCUAUGGAAAUAUCGCUGGCUCACCCUGCCCUCAAAGCCUUCAUGUGUGGGGCUUUGAGUGGAACGUGCUCCACACUGCUUUUCCAACCACUCGACCUGAUCAAGACACGUUUGCAGACAUUACAAAGUAGCGUUCAGCCUGGUUCUGUCCGCAUAGGGAUGAUGAGAGUGCUCCUGAAUGUGGUGCAGACAGAGAGGCUGACUGGACUGUGGAAAGGAGCUUCACCGUCGUUUAUGAGGACCAUCCCUGGUGUGGGGCUCUACUUCAGCACUUAUCAUUCAUUAAAGCAGCAGUUCUUCCAAGAAAAAAACCCAGGAGCUUUGGGGGCUGUGCUGCUGGGAGGCGGGGCCAGGACGGUUGCUGGGGUCCUUAUGCUGCCUGUAACGGUCAUCAAGACUCGAUAUGAAUGUGGCAGGUACCGCUACGAAAGUGUCACCGGGGCUCUUCGCAGUGUGUGUCGGACUGAAGGUCCCGCAGCGUUAUACUCUGGCAUGAUGGCCACUUUGCUCCGAGACGUUCCUUUCUCUGGAAUCUAUGUUAUGUUCUACAGCCAGAUGAAGACCAAUUUGCCAACAGAGAUCCACAUGUCUGCCUUCGCCCCACUGGCUAACUUCAGCUGCGGGGUCAUGGCAGGGGUGUCUGCCUCGCUCGUCACUCAGCCUGCUGAUGUGGUCAAAACACUCGUCCAAGUGAACCCCCAGUUGAGGACGAUCGAUGCAGUCAGAUACAUCUAUUUGGAACAUGGACUUCAGGGUUUCUUCAGAGGGGCGGUUCCACGCUCUCUUCGGAGGACUAUGAUGGCUGCCAUGGCAUGGACCGUCUACGAGCAGAUGAUGGCGUAUAUUGGAUUGAAAUCGUGAAAAGGAAAACCGGGGUGAUUUUGUGAGAUGAGUAAGAUAACACAGAGUCAAGUGGCAAACAGUGACAAUGAUAGUGAAUUUAAUGAGUUUAUUCUUGGUAUUUAGGCUAUGCAGAUGUGCACAAAGACAACUUGCCCUCAAUGAUGGGAUUGCACAUGCACUUAACAGGUGAAAGGCCGACACUUUAAAAUGUGUUCUUAAGACAUUAUGGCAUAAGUUGGUAAAACAAAUAUACCUAAUAGGAAUUGUAGUAUAUAUAUUUGUAAGAUUUUAAUGUACUAUAUGCAGUGACCCCGUAUUUCAGUGUUCUCUAAACGGCUAUGACAUACAGCUUUUAACAAUCGGUUGCUUUUAAUAUGACAGCUUGUCGUCCUUUCACACAGUAAAUUGCCUUCAAAUGAUAUGUGCUUGUAUAUGUUGUAAAAAGCUGGACAAGUAUUUAUAUUUUUAUAAUGCAAUAAA